AUGCCUCGGAAGAUCUUCUGGAAGAUGACAACGAGUCCACCGAGCUGGAUGGCAACCUGUCAGAUGCGACCGAAGGGAACUUGUCGAAGGUGUCGAACAGCAGCAACGACUCCUGGAUUCUACCGGAAGACAUGCUCAUCUUUGGGAAUGAGUCUGCCAAUGACAGUGAUGCCUGGAACGAGACCGCAGUUCCCAUCAACAUCUCCGUCGUCACGGAGGCCAUCAAUGUCUCGGAUGAUCUUCUGGAAGAUGACAAUGAGUCCACCGAGCUGGAUGGCAACCUGUCAGAU